GCUCGGGCGCGGCGCUUCCUCAGCGGUCCCGGCUCCCUUCCGCGCCGCAGCCGUCGCCUGCUGCCUCUUCCGCAGCCCAGCAUACUCUUCCGAGCUACACGUGGGCGCACCCGCCGACAAGGGCCGCAGCCGCAGAUACUUUGUCCUUUGUGAGAAUGUAAGAUGGAUCCGGAAGAGCAGGAGCUAUUAAAUGAUUACAGAUACAGAAAUUACUCUUCAGUGAUUGAAAAGGCUUUAAGAAAUUUUGAGUCCUCAAGUGAAUGGGCAGAUCUCAUAUCUUCUCUUGGCAAGCUCAACAAGGCUCUUCAGAGUAACCUGAGGUAUUCCUUGUUGCCAAGACGGCUCCUUAUCAGCAAGAGAUUAGCGCAGUGUUUGCAUCCUGCCCUGCCCAGUGGUGUGCACUUAAAAGCCCUAGAAACCUACGAGAUUAUCUUUAAAAUUGUGGGGACCAAAUGGCUGGCCAAGGACUUGUUCCUGUACAGCUGUGGAUUAUUUCCUCUGCUGGCGAACGCGGCCAUGUCAGUGCGGCCCGUGCUGCUUGGCCUGUACGAGAAAUACUUCCUCCCACUGCAGAAGCUGCUCCUGCCCAGCCUCCAGGCCUUCAUUGUUGGCCUGCUGCCUGGCCUUGAGGAGGGCUCUGAGAUCUAUGACAGAACAGAUGCGCUGCUCCUGCGACUGUCCCUUGUGGUGGGCAAGGAGGUGUUUUACGCUGCCCUUUGGGGGAGUGUCCUGGCAAGCCCAUCCAUCCGCCUUCCCGCCUCACUCUUUGUGGUGGGCCACAUCAACAGGGACUCGCCUGGCAAGGAGCAGAAGUACAUGCUGGGGACCGAUCAUCAGCUCACGGUAAAAUCUUUAUGUGCAUCACUGUUGGACUCAAAUGUUCUUGUGCAAAGAAAUAAUCUGGAAAUUGUUCUGUUUUUCUUCCCAUUUUAUACCUGUCUGGAUUCCAGUGAGAGAGCCAUCCCCCUGCCCAGAUCUGAUAUUGUACACAUUCUCUCAGCCGCUACCCAGACCCUCCUGAGAAGGGAUAUGUCUCUGAACAGAAGACUCUAUGCAUGGUUACUAGGUUCAGACAUUAAAGGAAAUACCAUUGUGCCAGAAUCUGAAAUCUCAAAUUCUUACGAAGACCAAUCCUCUUAUUUUUUUGAAAAAUACUCCAAGGAUCUUUUAGUUGAGGGCCUGGCUGCAAUAUUGCAUCAGAAGUUCUCAGACGCCGAUGUCGAGGAGCGCCAUCACGCAUACCUGAAGCCUUUUCGCAUCCUUGUCAGUCUGCUUGACAAGCCAGAGAUAGGGCCUCAAGUGGUUGGGAAUUUGUUUCUCGAAGUCAUCAGAGCAUUUUAUUCCUAUUGUAGAGAUGCCCUUGGUUCUGAUCUUAAACUUAGCUACACUCAGAGUGGAAAUUCACUGAUAAGUAUAAUCAAAGAAAACAGAAAUGCCUCUGAGAUCAUUAAGACGGUGAAUUUGCUGAUCACUUCCCUGAGCACAGACUUUCUCUGGGAUUAUAUGAUGAGGUGUUUUGAGGAAUGUUUUAGACCAGUGAAGCAGAGUUAUGCUGUCAGAAAAAACAUCAGCGCCCCCCCCACAGUCUCAGAGCUCUGCACCCUCCUCGUGUUCCUUCUGGACGUGAUUCCCUUGGAACUUUACUCUGAGGUACAAAGCCAGUACCUUCCACAGGUGCUCAGCUGCCUAGUGCAGCCUCUUGCUGAGGAAGUGGAGGCCUUAAGCUUACCUGAACUCACACAUGCCCUGAAGACCUGUUUCAAGGUGCUCAGCAAAGUCCAAAUGCCGCCUUCCUACCUAGACAUGGAGUCCCCAAGUGGAAGCUCGAGUCCAGUAAAAGGUGAAAAUGGUGAAAUAAUUUUGGAAACAAAAGCAGUGAUUCCAGGUGAUGAAGACACUUCGUUCCCCACCCUGAAAUCUGAGGACAGUGGGAUUGGGCUCAGUGCCUCAUCGCCAGAGCUCUCUGAGCACCUGAGGUUUCCUCGCAUUUCUCCGGAAAGAGACGACGUUUGGAAGAAAGGUGGGAGUAUGCAGAGGACAUUUCUUUGCAUCCAGGAGCUAAUUGCCAACUUUGCCAGCAAGAACAUUUUUGGAGCACAGCUAACAGCGUCUGGAGAAGAAAGCAAGUCCAGAGAGCCCACAGGGAAGGAGGACAAGGGUGGGACCCAGAGUCUGGUGGCUGAUGACUGCAGCAGGAAGAACUCCUGGGAGGCCAAGCCCAUCACUGUGCCCCAGUUUAAGCAGAUGCUUUCAGAUUUGUUCACAGCGCGAGGGUCUCCAUUUAAGACAAAAAGUUCGGAGUCACCAUCCUCUUUGCCCAGCAGCCCCAGCAGCAAAAAAGGGGGAGAAUGGGAUGUUGACCAGGUAGUCAUUGACCUGGGAGGCUCCAGGGAGGACUGCAGGGAAGCCUUUGCUGCUGCCUGCCACCUGCUACUGGACUGUGCCACCUUCCCAGUCUACCUGUCCGAGGAAGAGACAGAGCAGCUCUGUGAAACGCUCUUCCAGCUUCCAGGAACCAGUGAUUCCAGUUUUCCAUCUUGGCUGAAAUCCCUCAUGACCAUUUGCUGCUGUGUGACUGACUGCUACCUCCAGAACGUGGCCAUCUCCACUCUGCUGGAAGUGAUAAACCAUUCCCAGUCCCUAGCACUUGUCAUUGAAGACAAGAUGAAACGCUAUAAAAGCUCUGGGCACAACCCAUUUUUUGGCAAGCUACAGAUGGUAACAGUUCCUCCCGUUGCUCCUGGGAUAUUGAAAGUCAUUUCAGAGAAAACAGACUUCUAUCAGAGGGUGGCUCGUGUGCUGUGGAAUCAGCUGAACAAGGAGACCAGGGAGCAUCACAUCACCUGUGUGGAAUUGUUCUACCGGCUGCAUUGCCUAGCCCCGACGGCUAACAUCUGCGAGGACAUCAUCUGUCAUGCCCUCCUGGACCCUGACAAGGGAACGAGAUUGGAAGCUUUGUUUAGAUUUUCUGUGAUCUGGCACCUGACGAGAGAGAUCCAAGGCAGUCGAGUGACGUCUCACAAUCGCUCCUUUGACAGGUCCUUGUUCGUGGUGCUGGACAGCCUGGCAUGCCCGGAUGGCGCCAUCGGAGCAGCGGCCCAGGGCUGGCUGGUGCGCGCAUUGUCCCUCGGGGAUGUGGCACGCAUCCUUGAACCCAUGCUCCUGCUACUACUCCAGCCCAAAACCCAGAGAACCUCCAUCCACUGCCUCAAGCAGGAGAACUCAGCUGAGGACUUGCAUCGUUGGUUUAACAGGAAGAAAAGCUCUUUCAAAGAAGUAUGUGGAGGGCCUGAGCUUCGGGAAGGUGGCUCUGAAGAACACCUGCCUCUGAGCCAGUUCACCACGGUUGACCGUGAAGCCAUUUGGGCCGAAGUGGAGAAGGAGCCAGAGAAGUGCCCGCCGAUAAGCGAGCUGAGCGAGGAGGAGCUGCCCUACUAUGUGAACCUUCCAGAUAGGACAGCCCAUGGCGCCCCAGACAGUAGCGAGCACACCGAGUCUGCAGACACCAGCCCCGGCCACACAGACAGUGAGAAUACGUCCUCCUUUUCCUCCCCGUCCCAUGACCUGCAGGGGCUGAGCAGUGACGAGAACUGUUGUGCACCCAUCCCCAUGGGGGGCAGGGCACACCCCAAGCGCUCCGCCCUGCUGGUGGCCUCGCAGUCAGAGAGCUUUAGGUCCAAUGCCAAGUUAAGCCUGGUGCGUGUGGACUCAGACAAGACCCAGGCUUCAGAGUCAUUUUCCAGUGACGAGGAGGCCGACUUGGAGCUGCAGGCCCUCACCACGUCCAGGCUGCUGAAGCAGCAGAGGGAGAGGCAGGAGUCGAUCGAGGCCUUGUUCAAGCACAUCCUGCUCUACCUGCAGCCCUACGACUCACGGCGGGUCCUUUAUGCCUUCUCGGUGCUGGAGGCCGUGCUCAAAACCAACCCUAAGGAGUUUACUGAGGCCGUGUCCAGGACCAGCAUGGACACCAGCUCCACUGCACACCUCAACCUCAUCUCCAACCUCCUUGCCCGCCACCAGGAGGCCCUCAUUGGCCAGAGCUUCUACGGAAAACUCCAGACUCAGUCCCCCAACGUGUGCCCCCACUCUCUGCUGAUCGAGCUCCUCACCUACCUUUGCCUCAGUUUUCUACGCUCCUACUACCCUUGUUAUUUAAAGGUCUCCCACCGAGACAUACUCGGCAACCGGGACGUACAGGUCAAAAGUGUUGAGGUUUUGAUUAGAAUAAUGACGCAGCUGGUGUCAGUGGCCAAGUCUUCUGAUGGGAAGAGCAUGGAGUUCAUCAAUAGCUUACUCCAGAGGUGCAAAGUACAGGAAUUUGUGCUGCUCUCACUGUCGGCAUCCAUGUACACGAGCCAGAAGCGCUAUGGGCUGGCCGCGGCUGGCCCGGGAAGGGCCCCACAGGAGGGCAUCCUCUUUGAGGAGAGUCUCAUCCACCUGGGUCAGGACCAGAUCUGGAGUGAGCACCCACUGCAGAUUGAGCUGCUCAAGCUCCUGCAGGUGCUGAUUGUCCUGGAGCAUCACCUCGGUCAGGUCCAAGAGGAGGCCGAAAACCAGCCAGACCUGUCCCGGGAGUGGCAGAGGGCCCUGAACUUCCAGCAGGCCAUCAGCGCCACGCAGUAUGUGCAGCCCCACCCCCUCACCUCCCAGGGCCUGCUGGUCUCUGCCGUGGUGAGAGGCCUGCAGCCCGCCUAUGGAUACGGCAUGCACCCGGCCUGGGUGAGCUUGGUCACGCAUUCCUUGCCAUACUUCGGAAAGUCCCUGGGCUGGACAGUGACCCCUUUCAUUGUCCAGAUUUGCAAAAACUUGGAUGAGCUGGUCAAGCAGUAUGAAAGCGAAUCUUUGAAGCUCUCCAUCAGCACAACCUCCAAGAGGGAAAACAUUUCUCCGGAUUAUCCACUCACUCUUCUGGAAGGUCUGAUGACCAUUAGUCAUUUUUGUCUUUUGGAACAACCCAACCAAAACAAAAAGAUCACUGGCGUAGGUGAUCCGGCCAACUUGAGAAAUGCCAAGAAUGCCAUUCUGGAAGAGCUGCCUCGAAUUGUUAACACCAUGGCCCUUCUCUGGAAUGUUCUCAGGAAAGAGGAGACUCAAAAGAGACCUGUUGAUCUACUUGGAACCACGAAGGGAUCCUCUUCUGUUUACUUUAAAACCACCAAAAUCAUAAGACAGAAAAUUUUAGACUUCCUAAACCCCUUGACAGCCCAUCUUGGGGUACAGUUAAUAGCUGCUGUUGCAGCAGUGUGGAGCAGAAAGAAAGCUCAACGACAGAGUAAGAUGAAGCUCUCAAGGAUUAUUUUUUCCCGGCAGAUUGUCCCGGUGGCCAGCACCUCCCAGCUCACCCUUGUUGACCUGGUUUGUGCGCUUAGCACUCUGCAGACUGACGCCGUGCUGCACCUGGUGAAGGAGGUGGCAAAGAGGCCACCACAAGUCAGAGCGGGGGAUGAGAAAUUGCCCCUAGUGGAUAUUCCUGUGUUGCAGUUUUGCUAUGCUUUUAUCCAAAGGCUACCAAUACCAACUUUGCAAGAGAACUUUCCUUCGUUGUUGGGAGUAUUGAAGGAAUCUGUCCAGUUGAAUCUAGCUCCACCUGGGUAUUUUCUGCUUCUCAGCAUGCUGAAUGACUUUGUGACAAGAACUCCCAACCUGGAAAGCAAGAAGGAUCAAAAAGACCUGCAGGAAAUCACUCAAAAAGUCCUAGAAGCUGUGGGAAACAUUGCUGGCUCUUCCUUGGAACAAACCAGCUGGCUAAGCAGAAACCUGGAAGUAAAGGCCCAGCCUCAGGUCUCUCUAGAAGAAUCUGAUGCUGAGGAAGAUUUGUAUGAUACUGCUACGGCCUCAGCAAUGGUGUCCGCAUCUACCCCUUCAGUAUACAGCGUGCAAGCCCUCUUUCUUCUGGCAGAGGUGCUGGCUUCUCUCCUGGACAUGGUUUACCGAAGUGAUGAGAAGGAGAAAGCAGUGCCGUUAAUCUCUCGUCUGCUUUAUUACGUUUUUCCUUACUUACGCAAUCACAGCGCCUACAAUGCCCCCAGCUUCCGGGCCAGCGCCCAGCUACUGAGCGCCCUGAGCGGCUAUGCCUACACAAAACGAGCCUGGAAAAAAGAAGUGCUGGAGUUGUUUUUGGACCCUGCUUUCUUCCAGAUGGAUACUUCUUGUGUUCAUUGGAAGUCCAUUAUUGACCAUCUUCUGACUCAUGAGAAAACCAUGUUUAAAGAUUUAAUGAACAUGCAGAGCAGUUCUUUAAAACUGUUCUCCAGUUUUGAGCAGAAAGCCAUGCUGUUAAAGCGCCAGGCUUUUGCUGUCUUCAGUGGAGAACUUGAUCAAUAUCACCUUUACCUUCCAUUGAUACAAGAACGCCUGACAGACAAUCUCAGAGUUGGACAGACACCCACAGUUGCUGCUCAGAUGUUUCUUUUUUUCAGAGUUUUGCUGUUAAGAAUAUCUCCUCAACAUUUGACUUCAUUGUGGCCAAUAAUGGUCUCUGAAUUGAUUCAGACAUUUACACAGCUUGAAGAGGAUCUGAAAGAGGAAGAUGAAUCAUUGAGAAACAGCAACAAAAUAAACAGAGUGAAAGUUUCAGUCCCAGAUGGAAAUGGGCCCUCAAUGGGGGAGAUACCCCAGAGUGAACUCACCUUAUAUUUAUCAGCUUGCAAGUUCUUGGACACAGCACUUUCUUUUCCACCUGACAAGAUGCCACUGUUUCAAAUUUAUAGGUGGGCAUUUGUUCCAGAAGUGGACACAGAGGGCCCUGCCUUCCUGUCAGAUCUGGAGGAGAAUCACCAAGAAUGCAAACCCCACACUGUUAGGAUUCUAGAACUUCUAAAAUUAAAAUAUGGGGAAAUUAGCAGCUCUGAUGAGGUCACUGUGAAGAGUGAAUUCCCUCUUCUGCGCCAGCAUUCUGUUUCCAGCAUUGGUCAGUUGAUGCCAUUCUUCAAGACUCUAAACUGUGCUUUUAAAACCCAAAGUCAGCUGCCCACUGAUGCCCCCGGAGCACCUUUACACUUUCCAGUCACGGAUAACCCAAGCAUCUUGAAACAACUGGAAGAAUGUGUUGAAUAUGAUUUUUUGGAACAUUCAGAAUGUUAACCUUAUGAGAGAAUUUGUUAAAUCCAUUUAUUGAUACUUUAGUGAAAACCAGGAUAUAUUCUAAACAAGAAAGGAAGCCACGAUAGUGCUUUUAAACAAGUCUGUUUCAAUUUUGAAAGUAUAUUUCAGACAGUUUUCUUUUUGGCAACAAAUACACUUCCCUAAUGCCUUGUAAUAUAUUUGGAUCUGAUUCUAUGUUUCUUCCUCAAUUUAUGUAGUGAAAAUAAAAUUAAUAUAUCAUCUAACAGUAGCACAAAACUUGUAAUAUGAAGUAAAGUAUAAAGAGAAUGAAGAAGUCGUUUUCUUUGUUGAAGGAGAUAUCUGGGUCUUUGCCAGUAUAUUUCUCUGGAAGCUUAAACUUAU